GUAUAUAUAGUUUGUCAUAAAUUAUCGUCCUUUUAAUGAACCUAACGGUCGGUAUCUCUUUUCUUCUUCUACACUAGAUUUUUUUAGUGCUGUCAUCUCUCUGUUUCUGAUUUCGAUGGUUUGUCAGAAAAAGCUAAGAAUUGUGUUAGGAAUUCUGAAGGACAAGGCGUCUUUGAUCAAAACAAACUUGUCGACGAAGCGCCACAAAUCUUCCGUUCGUCGCGUGAUUCUACGCGCCACCACCCACAGAUUCUACGCCCCACCGACGGAUAAUCGUAUCGCCGCUGUUAUUGCCCUUGGCCAUGGAUCACGCGCCACUGCAUGCGCUUGUAUCCAAGCUCUCAUGGACCGACUGCAUCGCACGAGUAAUGCGUAUGUUGCCCUGAAAUGCCUCUACACAAUCCAUAAUAUCAUAGGGAGAGGGUCGUUUAUCUUGAAAGACCAGCUCUCUGUUUAUCCUUGCUCUGGGGGUCGAAAUUUUCUUAAUUUAUCGAUGUUUCGAGAUGAUUCCGACCCGGAAAUGUGGGAAAUGUCAACAUGGGUCCGAUGGUACGGUGGAGUGUUGGAACUAAAUUUGAUGGUCUCCGGAGUCCUAGGUUAUCACCUUUAUUCUUCAAGUGCGAAGAAUGACGGUAAUAAAAAAGACAAGCUUAUGGCUUUGUGGAACUCGGAUUUACUAAACGAGUUGGAUGUUCUGGUCAAUUUCGCGGAACACGUAGGUAACGCACCCCAUUCGCUUUACCUGCAACGGAAGAGUUUGGUGUACGAGGUUGUUAGAUCGGUCAGUGAAAAUUAUAGAUUAGUCCAACGUGAAAUCUCUCUCCGAGUUGCCGAACUCGGACUGAGAAUGAUGAGUUUGAGCUUUGGCGAGGGCACUCGGUUCCUAAACUCCUUAAACAGGUUCGAGGAUUGCAAGGAUAGAAUAUCUGUGCUGUUGGUGAAUAGAAACAGGAACGAUGACUUGAGGGAUUUGGUACAAGAGACCAAGGCAAAACUCGCGGUAAUCAUGGACGAGAAGAAACAGUGGAAAAUGUUGUCGAUUACGAUGGGUGACGGGACGGGUCGAGCAACUUGACCUGGCUGGUGUCUCCUGGGAGGUGGGUGGUGGGGUUUUGACUGGGUCCCUUCCCCUGUUUUUCGCCGUUAAUUACUUUUCCUUGCUGUAUAUGUUUUUCUUUUUUCUUUUAACAUGGUGUACAUAAUCAUUUGAGGUGUAAUGGAUUCCAAUCGAUCAAUCAUUUCUUGUAA